GGAUUCUCCCACACAGCUAUGCUCGCGGUGACCUCUGCCUUCACCUCUGGGGCGGCGCUCGUCGCGCCCACAGCGCAUGCCAGCCGCGCGUCGGUGCAGAUGGGCAUCAUUGACGGUGUGAAGAACCUGCUCGGCAAGAAGCAGGACUUCCUCGAGGCGGAGCCGUACUGGGACCAGUCGACCAUCCCGGUCAACACGUACAAGAACAAGGCGCCCUUCACCGGCAAGAUCGUCUCGACCAAGCGCAUUGUCGGCCCGGAGGCCACCGGCGAGACUUGCGACAUCGUCAUCGGCCACGAGGGCAAGAUGCCGUACUGGGAGGGCCAGUCGUACGGCGUCAUCCCGCCGGGCACCAACCCGAAGAACGGCAAGCCAAACUCGGUCCGCCUCUACUCGAUCGCCUCGUCGCGCUACGGCGACGACAUGACGGGCACGACGACGACCCUCUGCGUGCGCCGCGCCACCUACUGGUGCCCCGAGCUCAAGGCGGACGACCCCGCCAAGAAGGGCGUGUGCUCCAACUAUUUGUGCGACUCCAAGCCAGGCGACGACGUCAAGCUGACCGGCCCGUCGGGCAAGGUGAUGCUCAUCCCGGAGAAGGACCCGAACGUCGACCUCAUCAUGGUCGCCACCGGCACCGGCAUCGCGCCGUACCGCUCCUUCAUCCGCCGCCUCUUCGUCGAGAAGACGCCCUUCGGCGAGGCGUACACCAAGGGGACCGGCCAGGCCUGGCUCUUCCUCGGCGUCGCCAACAGCGACGCGCUGCUGUACGACGACGAGUGGCAGGAGGUCCUCAAGAAGUACCCCGACAACUUCCGGCUGGACUACGCCCUCUCGCGCGAGCAGAAGAACAAGGACGGCGGCAAGAUGUACAUCCAGGACAAGGUCGCGGAGUACUCGGACGAGAUCUUCUCCAAGAUGGACAACGGCGCGCACAUGUACUUUUGCGGCCUCAAGGGCAUGAUGCCCGGCAUCACCGAGAUGCUCGAGGGCGUGUGCAAGGACAAGGGGCUCGUGUGGGAGGACAAGCUCAGCGAGUGGAAAAAGGCGGGCCAGUGGCACGUCGAGGUCUACUAGGCGCUUAUGCGGGGCGGCUCUGCAUGCGACCCGCACGGCGCGGAAUCCCUCGGCGGCACUCUCUCUGUGCGCUCGCGGCCCCGAGGGGUUGUGUACAUCUGUGACGGGGAACUCGGACAACGUAAAUCCUAAAUCAGUGUGUGGAACACAGUCUGUGCUCCCCGCUCGCAUCAUUGCAGACGAUCUUUACGCGCGCAA